AUGGAUUCUGGCGAGAAAGCCCCCUUCUAUGAGGUCAAGGCGAGCUCACCACCUCAUUCCGCGAAUGAACCCGAGGUCGGCCACGUAGGAACACUACGCAACAGACUUCCUGGAUUCAGUCUCACAGUUCGUCAAGAAGAGAGCAGUUUCGCGACGACGAAAAGCGCUUCCAAUGCCGACUUCGACCCCAUUCCUCCAUCGAAACGCACUUGGACAUGGGCUGCCUACGUUGCGUAUUGGAUGGCUGAUGCGUGGGCCGUGUCGAAUUGGCAAGUUGCAUCUUCCAUGAUUGCUGUAGGCCUCAGCUGGAAGCUAGCCAUCGGCGCUUGUGUCCUGGGUAACGCGAUCAUGGGUAUCGUGAUCACUAUCAAUGGCAGGAUUGGUGCGACUCUUCACACACCUUUCCCGGUACUAGCACGUAUGCCCUUUGGCUACUACUUCAGCUACUUCGUCGUGCUGUCACGUUGUGUUCUGGCCAUUGUCUGGCUUGGUGUGCAAACUACAGUCGGCGGACAAUGUACGGCAGUUCUAUUGACUGCGAUCUGGCCUAGUUUCGCGAACAUCGAGAAUACCAUACCUGAAGAUCAAGGCAUUUCGACAUCUGGAAUGAUCGCGUUCUUCAUCUAUUUCUUGAUCCAGCUGCCGUUCCUCUGCAUCCCGUACACGAAGAUCCAAUACUUCUUCGGCUUCAAGAGUAUCAUCGCUCCAAUCGUCUUCUUCGCCAUCUUCGGCGACACGUUGCGAAGAGCCGGUGGCACAAUCUAUAACUCCGAGGUCGUUACGAGAGGCAACACUGUUGGAGGCUCUGCUUUGGCAUGGGCGUUCUUUUCCAACCUCAAUGGUGUCCUCGGCAAUUAUGCCACCUUGGGUCUGAACAUCGCCGAUUUCUCGCGUUAUGCGAACAAGCCAAGCGCACAAAACGUUCAGGUUAUCGUCGUCCCUGUCAUCUUCACCAUCGUGGGCUUAUUGGGAAUCUUCACUGCGGCCGCCGCUGAGACUGCUUACGGCAGAGUCAUCUGGAACCCUGUUGAGAUCCUCGAUCUUUGGAUGGCCUCUGGCUCCUCAGGUGGACGCGCUGCUGCCGCGUUCGCCGCCAUUGGUCUCAUCAUUGUCACCUUGGGAAUCAACAUCUCAGCCAACUCGAUCAGCGCCGCGAAUGAUCUCAUGGCUUUCGCGCCGAAAUAUAUCAAUAUUCGACGUGGUCAAAUUCUUGCUGCGAUCAUUGGUAGCUGGGCUUUCGUCCCGUGGAAAAUCCUGGCAUCUGCCGCCAAGUUUCUCGCUUUCCUCAGUGGCUAUACCAUCUUCUUGGGACCGAUGACUUCGAUCCUGAUUGCUGACUAUUAUCUCGUCCGCAACAGAAAUGUCUCAGUCCCAGACAUGUACAACUUCCACGGCAUAUACCGCUACUCACCCAAAUUCGCCUCAAACUGGCGCGCCGUCGCAGCAUUCUUCAUCGGCUGUAUUCCACCACUUCCGGGCUUUGCGGAUAAUAUUCAGCGAGCGGGCGGUGGUCGCACUGGAGUUUCGAUUGGGGGUCAACAUCUCUUCGCAAUCGGCUACGUCUACUCUUUCUUCGCAGCAGGAGUGUUCUACUACGGUUUCAACUAUUUCUUCCCGCACCUGGAAUCGACGAUGGAUUAUCCUGUUACGGGUGAAGAGAUUAUUGCGGCGAAUGAUGCGAAGAAUAUGGAAGAGCUGAGGGCGAAGUAUGCGGCGGGGGAGAGGCCGAAUUUUUUGGUUAGAGCGUUUAAGGUUUAGGGUGGGUAGUAGUUUUGUAGUGAGAAAGAAAUGAUGUGUGGCGUGUGAUGAUGUAAGUUUGUGUCGGGUG